UCCUGUGUUGGAUCAUAGGGAGUCUAUCCUGAUAACCACCAACCGCUUGAAUAAUCCCAGAGGUUGUCAUUAUUAUAUAAAAUCCUAAUUUGUGUGUAUUUAAUGUGGUAAACAGGGUUUGUACAAAAAUAACACCUAAAAAACUACUGGGUAAAGCAUCACAUGCUCAUGUUUAUAGAUAAAGAAGGACGUCGCUCGAUUUGUUACGUGCGCUCUUUUGGGGGUAACUUGUCAAGGCACGGAAUCAGAGGGGUCCUACAUUAGACAAAUGAAUUGAACUGGAGAAUAGACACAAACCGAAAAGAAACCCGAUUUGAUAGGGGACAGAGGAGAAAGGGGGGAUUCAGCUAGCAACGAACCUUAAAACGAAGGAGGAUCAUAGAUAAAUAGACGGAGUUGAAUUUUUUCCCCGUCAUCUCUAACUCGUCCAAAGAGCUAUAGGUUCUUCCUGCUCCCUCUCACCACCUUUUCAGUGUCCAUCCUCGGUGCGCAACGGGUUGCUCCAAUCCCACACUGUCUCAAUGAAGGAGGCCGAUGCAAUCAAGCUCUUCAUCGGGCAGAUACCCCGAAAUCUUGAGGAGAAGGACUUGAAACCCAUCUUUGAACAGUUCGGGAAGAUCUAUGAGUUGACGGUGAUAAAGGACAAAUACACGGGGAUGCACAAAGGCUGUGCCUUCCUGACAUACUGCGAACGAGAGUCUGCACUCAAAGCCCAGAAUGCACUGCACGAGCAGAAGACGCUACCAGGGAUGAACCGGCCCAUUCAAGUGAAGCCAGCAGACAGCGAGGGCAGAGGGGAAGACAGGAAGCUGUUUGUUGGCAUGCUGGGGAAGCAGCAGUCGGAUGCCGACGUGAGGAAGAUGUUUGAGGAGCUUGGGAGCAUUGAAGAGUGCACAGUGCUCCGCGGGCCUGACGGCACUAGCAAAGGCUGUGCCUUUGUGAAGUACCAGAACAACGUAGAGGCUGCGGCAGCCAUCAGCACUCUGCAUGGGAGCCGCACUCUACCGGGUGCCUCCUCCAGCCUGGUGGUGAAGUUCGCUGACUCUGAGAAAGAGAGAGGGAUAAGGCGCAUGCAGCAGGUGGCGUCCCAGCUGGGGGUCAUCAGUCCCAUGACCUUACACCUCGGGGCUUACAAUGCCUACACACAGGUACUGGUGCAGCAGCAGGCUCUGGUGGCCCAGUCUGCGUAUUUGUCUCCUGUAUCCACCAUCACCAUGCAGCAGUUGGCUGCCCUCAACCCCAGCAGCCUCAUGGCCACGCCCAUCGCAUCACUCACUACCUCAGGGACCAGCACUCCGCCCACCAUGUCAGCCACACCAGUGCCUGCUCUGCCUCCACCACUCAGCUACCCUCCAGUGCCAGCUCCACCCAAUGGACAGUCAGUAUCUGAAACCCUGUACACCAAUGGAGUUCAUUCUUACCAAGCUCAGAGUCCAGUUUUGGAUCCUAUUCAGCAAGCGUACGCAGGGAUGCAGCACUACACAGGUGGGACAGUAGUGAGUCCGCUUGAGUCCUUAAAAUUUCCCAGAGGAAAUUUUAGGUUUGAAAUGCCCUCUCAACAGUCCUUAAUGUUUACUUAUGCGAACACACCCACAGCAACGUACCCUGCUGCCUAUGGAAUGGUAGGGCAGCCAUUCCCACACCAACACACAAUGCUUGCACAGCAACAUCAGCAGCCUCAGCAACUGCAGCAACGAGAAGGGCCUGAGGGGUGUAACAUCUUCAUCUAUCACCUGCCUCAGGAGUUCACUGACUCAGAGAUGCUGCAAAUGUUCAUCCCCUUCGGCAACGUCAUCUCAGCAAAGGUCUUUGUUGACCGUGCCACCAAUCAGAGCAAGUGCUUUGGUUUUGUGAGUUUUGACAACCCGUCCAGUGCUCAGACAGCAAUUCAGGCCAUGAAUGGUUUCCAGAUUGGCAUGAAGAGACUCAAGGUGCAGCUUAAGAGGCCCAAGGAUGCCAACCGACCCUACUAAAUGAGUCAAGACUGUCCUGUCCAUACAUAUAUCGUGGAGACUACGUGGCUAUGGUUGCCUAGCAACCGCUAAAAACCCCUUCCUCUCACAGCGUUGUAAGUUAAUUGGCCUGUGUUGGUUGCUGUGGCAAUAUUGCCUGUGAUGGUUGCCAUUAGCAAUUUUAUUUUUGACCGUUGCCUUUAUUCACCAUGCUCAACUGCAUGGCGAGUUGCUGUGGCGACCAUGAAUUGUGUUUGGUGCAUUGUGAGUUUCCUCUAUUAUUUUGUCCUGUUUUGCAAACACUGAUCAAUUAUACUAUCACUGUACUCGAGAUUUUGUAAGCAAUUGAUUAUCAUGACAUGCUAUUAUAUUUUUUUGUAAUAUAAGUAUUUUAUUACGCAGAGCAAUAUUAAGCAUUAACCCUAAAAUCAAACAUGGAUAUAAAUAUUUCCUUUGAUGGAUUUUGUUUUUGAUUAGUUUCCUUUUUGUUGUUUGUCAUGAUUAUCAUUCUUACAUAUCCCCCAUGUUUAGUUGGUUGGUGUUUUAGUUUCCGGGAGCGCAGGGUUUUUGUGAGGUUGUAAUUGAAUCCAAGUGACUUUGUGCCUGAACUUUGUUUGUUUUUGGUAUGACUCGUUGUGAGAAUAAGUAUAUGUAGCCUACCUACAAAUUAGUGACAUAAUGAUGCUAUGUGCAUAUGUGUACCUGUGCAGAUCCACAUAAAGUACUUGUGUGUAUUAAUAAAUAAAGUAGUGUGUGUGGUUUUGUGUGUGUACCAAGUGAGACACUAACAUUUCAUGUGAGAGUUUGGGGUAAAAUUGUAUGUUGUCAUUGUGACACAUCACACGUGCUGCUGACUGAGGUACAGCAUUCCUCUGUAGGAAUUCUGGGUUACUACGAAUUUCCAAUCAAACAAGAAGCCAUAGGCUACGGUCUCAUGUGCAACCUUUGAUAUAACUGCUUAUUUUAGAGGAUGAGUUUGAAAAUCGUCCUCUGUUAUCUAUUAAAAUUAUUUAAUAGGAAUGUUAUUUUUUGACUCAAUUGUUUGGUCAAUGAGAUUUAACAUCAGACUAGAGUAUUAAGAAGAGAACUAGAAAAAACAUCUCCCAGAAUUCCUAUUGUGCAUGUUUGGAAUUUAUUUGCCUGCCAAAACAAGACAAAAAAAAUAUUUAAAUAAGAAAUGCACAUCAAUGCAGCAGUAUGGUUGUCACUGUAUGAGUUGCAUGUACCCUAGGCGUGCUUGUUUAGUGAAAAAUGAGGACAUCCAUGUGAUAUCUGUGUAACCAACGUGUUUGAAGAUGUUUCUCCCACACUGAAGAGUGUGAACAUAUUAAAUAUACAGUGGGGUCAGAAAUGAUUGACACCCUUUAUAAAGAUGAGGAAAAAUGACUGUAGAAAAUAUAUAAUUCAAAUACUGAUCAAUAUUCUAUGCUCCAAAAAAAAUUAAAAAAAAUAAAUCAUUUUAUACUAAUACUGCUCAGGGAAAUAGAUUUUGUUUAACAAGUAAUACUUUUUUUCUUAAGAAAAGGUAGGGGUUCAAGUGAUUGACAGACCUGUUUUCAAAACCUUUCAAUACCUCACCUUGCGAGGAUAACGUCACUGAGCCUUUAAAAAAAAAUGUUUUAUGAGUUGGAGGACACAUUGGGAGGGAUCUUAGACCAUUCGUCCAUACAGAAUCUUUCCAGAUCCUUGAUAUCAUUAAUAUGCGCUUAUGGGCUGCCCUCUUCUAUUCAAACCACAGGUUUUCAAUGGGUUUCAAGUCCUAAGAUUUUUGGCAAAUUUAACAAUUUCUUUGUAGAUUUAGAUGUGUGCUUGUGAUUGUCUUGCUGGAAGAUCCACUUGCGGACAAGUUUCAGCCUCCUGGCAGAGGCGGCCAGGUUUGCCUGGUUGGGUAAUGUUUAUGAUGCCGUUAAACUUAACAAGGCUCAAGGACCAGUUGAAACAAAAUAGCUUACGUGUAGGCCUUGUCAAAGAAGUCAACGGCAUCAUGAGCUUUACCCAGUACCAGGAUAUUUUAGCCAAAAACCUGGUUGUCUCUGCCAAGAGGCUGAAAUUUGGCCACAAGUGAAUCUUCCAGCAAGACAAUAACCCCAAGCACUGAAGUAAACAUCAAAACCCACAAAGAAAUUGUUAAUUGACCCCCCCAAAAAAAUGAAACCCAUUGAAAACCUGUGGUUUGAAUUGAAUAGAG